AUGUGUAAGAAAGCAGAAAUUGGAGAAUGUGGAAUGUCUAUAGGCCAGUGGAUAGAGAAGAUGCUCAUCCAUACGAUACUCAUUUUGUUUCCAAAUGCCAUAGCUCGUAAAUUACUGCUGAUGUUACUAUUUUUCUUAGUUGUCUGGGUCAUUUACUUGGCUGCAAAAAACCACACCAAAUUUUUGUUUAGUUUGAGAAGCCCUACUCCCCUGAAGCAAUAGAACAUAUUCAGAAAGUUCUUACACCUUGAAGUACCACUGGAUCCAGCAGUUUCACUAACAGAGACUGAGCUGAGAAUAAAAGGAAUCAUGGACAAACUAGACCAGCUGAUCACCCCCAGACCUUUCACCAACAUGAACCCCACCACCAGUGCUGCACACAGCACAGCUGCCCUCUCCCCACCCAGCCCAGACGCCUACUGCAGGGUUCAGCUAGACAUCCUGCUGGAGGGGAGGGACCACUUGGGAUGCAGGAACGAAUAUGGCGGGGAUCUCCUGAGGGUCAGGAUGUCCUCCCCAGCCCUGAAGGCAGGUGCUUCAGGAAAGGUGACAGACUUCAACAGUGGCAGCUACCUUGUCAGCAUCACUUUGUCCUGGGAAGUGGGUCUGUCUCUCCUGCUCAUCCACCCCAGUGAAGGAAUAAGAGCUCUCUGGGGGGCAAGGAACCAAGACUAUGACAGGGUGAUAUUCACAGGCCAGUUUGACAAUAAUACCUCCUGGGUCCUCUCUGAGUGUGGUCUGACCCUAAACUCAAGUGCUGAACUUUGCAAAUACCUGGACUAUUGAGACCAAGAAGCCUUCUACUGCAUGAGGCCUCCAUAUGUUCCCCGCAAGGCCCUGACCCACAGGACCACCAGCAAUGGAAACAUUUCCUAUCUUAGGAAAGAAGAACGAAGUCUUUUCCACAGGCAAACAGUUUCUGUUGAAAUGAUGAAGAACUUUACCUCCAUUGAGAUUUUACCAUGUAACAGUAAACAAAAUAGACUUGAAAACUGUCAGAUUGGAAUGAAGACUCCUUUCCCCUGUGGUUAUACUGUAAAAAGAAGGUGGAUUAUAGCAUUUUGUAACUAGAUCAAAUUAAAGCAAAAUAUAAAUGACUGCUUGAAAAGAAAACUUCCCUACCUCAUGGGAGAUUCAACACUGCAACAGUGAAUUUAUUACUUACAAAAAGUGGUGAAAACUUUAAAAUAUUUUGAUCAUCAUGGAACUGGGGUCUUCAAAACAUGUAUGUUUCGUGAUGUUGAAAGAUGUAUUUUGAUUCAGUGGAGACAUGAUCAUCCAUUUAUUACCAAAAAUCUGUUUUCAGUGACAGAUGAAAACUAUAUCCCAAGGGAAAUUGAUCUGGUGGCCAGAUAGAAUGACACACCCAUUGUCAUUACCCUUGGCCAGCACUUUAGAUCCUUUUCUGUUAUGAUUUUCCAUAGGACCAUCAAUGUUCAAAAGGUCAUUGAACGUCUACUCUUGAAAAGCCCAGAGACAAAGGUGACCCCUAAAACUGAAAAUACCAGGGGGAUAUAUCUGAACGCAGAGAUGUUUAGUGAUUUCCAUGGCUAUAUUCAAAAUUUUAUGAGGGAUAUUUCUGUGGGUCUCAUUGUGGGUAUUAUUGAUGCCUGGGACAUGAUUAUUGCAUAUGGCACUAAUAAUGCCCAUCCACCUGAUUAUGUGAUUGGAAAUUGGAUUACCAUGUUCUUAAACUAUAUUGCUAGAGGAAAAAAUACAGAAAAACCAGUACUAGCCGUUGUCUAUAAUGACCUAACUUACAUUAUAAGGACAGUUAAAUGCAAUCCAAGUAUGAAGAAAUGA